AUGACCACGCAGCAAUCCAGCUUACCGACUCAUCGCAUCCAACACGCCCACUUUGCGGACGACCACGGCCACAACACUGCCGGGGAGCACGCCAAUGGUGCCGACAAGCUCUCGCUUGACACUGAUCCAUACGCGGCACCCAGUGAUUACUAUGGCAGAAGCCACGGCCCUAGAAAGGUUGCCAAAAGCCGCACUCUCUCUGCUAUCGAUUCAACAGCUAGAGACCGCGUGAACGCAGAAUACAAGCCUCAUCAAGGCAGGCGGACCRGCCAUGAUGCUCAGGGUAAUGCCCCACGCCGCUUCCUCAUUAACGUUGACGACACAACCAAACAACUUCUGGAGCGAGAGGACACGGAUGGCAACGUUCAGAUCACGAUCGAAGACACAGGCCCAAAGUUUUUGGAGCUAGGGACAGCUGCCUCCGACGGAUAUCGGCGCAUCGACGUGCGCGGCACAUACAUGCUCAGCAACUUGCUGCAGGAGCUCACGCUUGCAAAGAGCUAUGGCAGGAAGCAGAUUGUGCUCGACGAAGCUCGGUUGAAUGAGAACCCAGUCAACAGAUUGGCUCGUCUCAUCAAGGACUCGUUCUGGGGAAAUCUUACCAGGCGCAUCGAUGGCACCAACAUUCAGAAGGUGGGUCUGGAUACUAAAGACUGGACCGCAGAUCCAAGACCGCGAAUCUAUGUUCCUCGCGGCGCUCCGGAACAGCAUGCAUACUACACUCGAAUUGCCCGGGAACAUCCAGAUAUGAGACUAGAGGUGCUGUGGCUGAAGGAAGGCGGUGAAGACGAUGACGAGUAUGUGCGCGAUCUCAACAAUGCGCCUGGCCUGCUUGCUAUCGCCAUGGAACGGAUUGCAGACACUCCGAGCGGCGAGCCAGAUUUCCGUGGACUGCCUUUUGUCGUGCCCGGUGGCCGCUUCAACGAACUCUACGGAUGGGACAGCUACAUGGAGACCCUAGGUCUCCUCAUCAAUGACAAGCCAGACAUUUGCGAGUCCAUGGUCAAGCACUUCUGCUUCUGCAUUCGUCACUAUGGCAAAAUCCUGAACGCCAACCGCACCUACUAUCUCCGUCGAUCACAACCGCCCUUCCUGACCGACAUGGCUCUCCKAGUCUACGAUCGCAUCAAGCACAAACCUGGGAGCCUUGAGUUCCUCCGCGAAGCCACCCUUGCCGCCAUCAAGGACUAUUACGGCACAUGGACGUCGUUGCCAAGACUCCACGAAAAGUCUGGUCUGUCUCGCUAUGUUCCAGGUGGUAUUGGUGUACCGCCUGAGACGGAGGCAACGCACUUCUUGAACGUUCUCACGCCAUACGCCAAGAAGCACGGCAUGUCGUUCGAAGAAUUUGUGCACGCGUACAACUUUGGCCAUGUCUUCGAACCAGAGCUGGACGAGUACUUCAAGCACGACCGUUCCGUCCGCGAAUCCGGUCACGACACAUCGUAUCGUUUGGAGAAGGUUAGUGCCGAUCUCGCUACGGUUGAUCUGAACUCUCUGCUGUACAAAUACGAAGCCGAUAUUGCGCGCAUAAUCCGCGCGUUCUUCGGAGAUCACCUCGAUGUUCCAAAGGAAUGGCGCGUGAAGGGUAAGGCGGACUUUGAGGUUUCUUCGACAUGGGAUCGACGCGCCAAGAAGCGCCGCCAGACCAUGGAAAAGCUCAUGUGGAGUAAGGAAAAGAACAUGUUUGUCGACUACAAUACCCGCAAGGAGGAGCAGACUGGAUACGAAAGCGCUACCACUUUCUGGGCCAUGUGGGCUGGCGUUGCGACGCCUCAACAGGCACAGAAUAUGAUGACAUAUGCUCUCCCACUAUUCGAAGUUCAUGGCGGCCUGGUCAGCGGCACUGAAAAGAGCCGAGGAGCUGUCGGUCUGUCCCGUCCAAAUCGCCAAUGGGACUACCCAUUCGGUUGGGCUCCGCAACAGAUCCUCGCCUGGACUGGUAUGCUCCGUUAUGGGUUCGAAGAAGAAGCACAGAGGCUGGCCUACCGAUGGGUGUACAUGGUCACCAAGGCAUUUGUCGACUUCAAUGGUGUCGUAGUGGAGAAGUACGAUGUGACGCGGCAGGUCGAUCCCCACAAGGUGACUGCCGAGUAUGGUAAUCAAGGCAGCGACUUCAAGGGCGUUGCAACGGAAGGCUUCGGAUGGGUCAACGCUUCUUACGUCUACGGACUUCAGAUUGUGAACGCRCACAUGAAACGUGCACUUGGCGCUGUUACCAGUUGGGACACGUUCAAAAGAAUGACGGACGGCGAAGGUGAAGGUGCAGGUGAACCUCACGUCGCCAGCAAGCCAGAGCCGAGCGGAGUUUCUGCCCUCACUGAAAAUCAUCAGGCGCCUGUGCAUUAUUCGAACGACCCCCUUAAGGCCGAUCCGCAACACCCUCAUCACAACGAUGUGAAUCWCGGUAUGGGGAACUUGCCCAAGGUCAAAGCGAUUGACCAGCACGAUACCCACGCAGAAGCGUCGCACUCUCAGGCACCCAAGGAGGAGCAUCACUGA